AUGGGGGCCCCGACACCAACCCCUAUCUUACAAGUACGGAUAUUCGGACUGGAAAAUUCCGGGAAAAGUGCCGUUGUAAGGUUCCUCAAAUAUGGUGUACCCAAAUUAGAUGGAACACAAGAUGAUGUAGACACAGAUAUGCAAUGGGUAUCACAUCGUAAGGUGAAGAUGCUAUUCUGGAUGUCAGAGAAUACUUUGCAAAAGGAAAUCGCAAACGAAGCAGAAGUGGCUAGAGCACUAAUAUACAUAGUGGAUGGGUCGGCACCCGACGGGCUACCGUUAGCCAGAGACUACCUAUUCCAUCAAUUGGAACAAACCACGGGGGCACCCAACCUUCUAGUAUUGCUCAACAAGUGUGAUAAACAUUCGUUCGUGUUCCUGGAAGAAGCACAUGACGCACUGGACCUAGAUAAAAUCAGGGAUAGACAUGUCCGCAUAUACGCAUGCUCCGCAGCUACAGGCGAAGGAAUAAGAGAGGGACUCGAUUGGCUAUGCAGCAUGUUCCAGCUAGAUAAGGGCACAUAUAUAAGCAGGACAGACACAAUGUGA